AUGGCUAACCGUCGACCCAUGAACGCGGCGCAACGACGCUACGACGCCUGGCGCGCGGCGCUGCUCGGAGAGGAAACGCAAGAAGAGAUGUUCUUUCGUCGCGUGGCGUACGAACGCGCGAGGACGCGCGCGCUCGGAGCCAAGUGGGCGAGAGGGGAUGACGUCGACGCGGCGAACGAAGACGCGCGCCGAAGCGUCGCGAUGGACGUCGAGCGAUUGCCGAACGAAGACCCCGUGCGAGCGUCGCAAAUGUGCGUGACGGCGCUGAAGAGGAUAUUGCUGACGCACGCGUGUGGAAGCGGAGGGAAGCGAGGAUAUAGGCAGGGGAUGCACGAGGUGGCUUCGAUGGUGUUGGAGACGCGCGCUUCGGCGGCAGAGUAUUCAAAGGCGGCGACGGGGACGGUGCGAUGGGAUCGUCGGGACGAUGAGGAGAAAUACGACGACGGUGAUGGAUUGUUUGCGACGACGUCGUACGAUGAGCGCGAAAUUGCGAGCGCAGGGUCGAGAGAUUAUCGAUUCGUCGAGCACGACGCGCACGCGCUAUUCGAGGCGUUCAUGGGAGACGCUCGCAGCGAACGGGACGACGAGCGCUUGGCGUUGGGGACGUAUUACGAAGACGCCACGACGCCGACGUCGCCAAUUUGCGCGGCGUUCCGUAGAAUAGAAAACGCGCUGCGUUCGUUGGAUGAAAAUUUGGCGAAAAAGUUAGUCAAGAUGGAAGUCGAGCCGCAGCUGUAUUUGCUUCGGUGGUUGCGGCUCGGCUUUGGGCGCGAAUUCCACCGUCGAGAUGUCUUGACUUUGUGGGAUGCGAUAUUCGAGUCGUUGUCGGCCACGAUCGGAGAGAACGGGGAGACCAUGUCGAGUCGCGACUUUUACGAAGGUAUCGCGGUGAGUGUGUUGAUGACGAUGCGAAACGAUAUCUUGAGCCUCGACGAUUUCGGCGCCGUGAUGAGUCGAUUGCAAAACGUGCCGCCGGGGAUUCAAAUGCAACACAUGGUCGCGCGUGCGAAGGCGAUGGCUGUCACUGGAUUACUCAAGUACGAUGAAACGGAUGGGAUGAAGAUCUUCACGUCGCGAAAGCCUCCGCAUCGAUCAUCACCGAAUCGUCUCGUCGUGCCCCAUAUUCGCGGGAAGGCACCCCCGAGCGUCCAGACGAUCGCGCGUUGGGACAGCGACGCCAGCGUGGACGGAAGCAUCGACAGUCUGAGCACACAUCAUCCUCGCGACCGGCGAGCGACGCAAUCGAGCGCGUGGAAUCGCUGA